AUGGAGGGCAUCCAGGCCUGCUCCAUCAGCACCCUCGAGGGGCGGAUGCUCGUGAGCGCGAGCGCGCAGACGACGCUGCCCAUGGAGUUCCCGCUGGCGCGCCUCGUCGCGGGCCUGUCGCCCUGGCUCGGCGACGGCGACGCCAGCGACGUCGCCGUCUUCGGGCUGCGGGACCACGAGGUCGUCAUCGCGCGGGGCAGCCGCGACACGGCCGUCGCCGUCGUCACGGACGGGCGGGACUGCGCCGAGACGCGCCAGGCCGCGGCGCUCCACGCGCGCCAGGUGUCGCGCGCGGCGUCGAGGCUCGUGGACCGCGCGCCCGCCGCCGCCGCGGGCGCGCGCGACGACGACGACGACGACGACCCCCGCGCCGAGGCCCUGCGCGAGUUCCAGGAGCAGUACGUCUACCCGCUGCUCAACGCGCCGCCGCCGCUCUUCGCGGCCGCGCGCCGCGCGGCGGCCGCGCCCGCCGUCGUCGCGCCGGCCGUCGUGCUCCGCGGCGACGGCACCGUCGUCGCCGGCGCGGGCGCCGCCGACCCCGCCGCGGCCUUCGCCGCCGCCGUCGGCGCCGGCGGCGCCUGGGCCGUCGUCGCCGCGGCCGCGCGCGGCGCGCUCGGCGCCUGCGCGCCGCCGGCGCCCGGCGGCGCCGCGACGGCCGCGGCGCCCGUCGUCGUCGCCCUGCCGCGGGUCGCCGGCGCGCCCGUCCCCGACGGCGCCGCGACGCACGUCGCCGUCUACGCGCUCCCGCGGUCGAACGCGGCGCUCGCGGCCGCGCUCCGCGUCGACGCCGCCGCGGAAACCGCCGCCGCCGCGCCGCUCACCGUCGGCCCCGCCGGCGCGCCCCCGGAGCUCGCGGACUGCGCGGCCCAGGCCGCCGUCGCGCUCCACCACGCGCUCCGCGCGGGGCCCGACGACUAA